UUCAACAUUUCUGCUAUCCCUGUCAUGUGAAUCAGUUCAACUGAUUCUUGGAAAAGAUCCGACUCAAAAGAACGAUUCAUUCACGAACCGGACAUCGCAAGUGGUCAUUAGUUUACUUGAGUUUUUCCAAGUAGAACAGUGUCCGAGUCCUGUAGAAUGCGUGUAUAUCUUCGUACAUUUAGUUUGUGCAUAGUUAUCGCUCUUCUGUCUUUAGUAUUUUUGUUCAGUAAACAUGAUGCUGAAAGUUUUUCGGCCGUUUUAAAGCACGUUAGGGCGCCGCUGGAGCCAUCCGUCGCGAAGAACUUAAAUGGAGCAACAAAAUCAAAACAACGACCCACCGCGACCACAUCACACAGACCGCGAGAUGUUGCGCACAAGGUGACUUCGCCUGGACAGCGAGAGACGAUGCAGCUGGCUGUGGUGGCUUGUGGAGAGAGACACGGGGAAGCUGUCAACAUGCUCAAGACCGCAGCCACACUCAGCAGCCGAGCCUUGAGAUUUCACAUCUUUGCAGAGGAGCAGUUACACACCAGCAUAAAAACAGCACUGGAUUCCUGGCCAGCUUUCAUCCGAGCAAAAUUCAGCUAUAUUGUUCACCCCAUUUCAUACCCCCAUGAGAACCAUAAAGAGUGGAGUCAGCUUUUCAAGCCAUGUGCAUCACAGAGACUCUUCAUACCAAUGAUUCUGAAGGAGGUGGACUCCUUACUCUACGUGGACACCGAUGUCCUCUUCCUGCAGCCUGUAGAGCUGAUCUGGGACAUGUUGACGCACUUUAACUCCACACAGUUAGUAGCCAUGGCACCAGAGCACGAGGAGCCACGGAUUGCCUGGUAUAGUCGCUUCUCCCGGCAUCCGUAUCAUGGAAAAACUGGCAUCAACUCUGGCGUCAUGCUGAUGAAUUUGACCCGGAUGCGAAUGACACAAUUCAAAAAUGACAUGACUUCUGUUGAUCUGCACUGGGACGAGCUUCUGAUGCCUCUGUUACAGAAAUACAAACUUAACAUAACCUGGGGUGAUCAAGAUCUGAUCAAUAUCAUCUUCCAUUACAAUCCAGAGAUGGUAUUUAGCUUCCCCUGCCACUGGAACUACCGUCCUGACCACUGCAUCUACGGCAGCAACUGCAUCCCGGCAGAGGAAGAGGGUGUUUUAAUGCUACAUGGCAACAGAGGAGUGUUUCACAGCGACAAACAGCCUGCCUUCAAGGCCGUGUAUAACGCUUUCAAACAUUACAUAUUUGGACAGGAUCUCAUAAAAUCAUUCUUGUUACCCCUGGAGGCGGCGCUGAAUGGAACCACUCACACAUACUGUGGGAAAGUUAGUCAUUUCUUUACCAGAGGACUUGGAAAGUCUGUACGGAAGAUCCAGAGAAUGCUUCCAGCAGGUGGCUGAGCUGUAAUGUUGUUGCUGAAUAAUGACAGAAAUGUGUUCUCUGAGACAGGAUAGGAGCGUCGCUGCUCUUCCAUUUGAAUCUGUGCAAUAUUAGUAGAACGGGUUGAAUGAUGAAAUGUGAAUUUAAACUGAUAUUUUUUUAUCCUAGUUAAAGGGACAGUAAAAAUAUAUAAAAUACAAAUAAAAAGUCAUUAUUUAUUUACCCAAAUGUCAUUCCAAAUCUGAACGACUUCAUUUCCAGAAACAAAUCAGGUAAAUUGUUGUGACUACUGUUAUGCUUCUUUUGUGGCGCUUGGAUGUACUGUUUCUUUAAGACUGAUAUUGAAUGUACUGCAAGAGGUCAUAGGAUAAAUUGGGAAAUACUUGAAAAUGUAAAUAUCGUAUUCAUUUUACAUAAUGUUCAUAUGAAAUAAAAAUAUAUAUCACUAAUUA